UCAAAAAACUAGUGGCCCUCACACUUGCCCCGCUUCUCCCCAUGCACCACUAUAUAUACUCAUAACCCUCUCUUCACGUUCCUCAGACAUACUAUAUAUUACAUAAGACUUGUUUGUUUCUCAAGUCUCUCGAAACCUCUUCUCUCUUUCAGUAGCAAGCUUGUGUUGGGUGUUAGAGAGUGUUGAAAAAGCAAAGUACAUGGUUGAGUUGGAAAUCCAGGUUCCUACCCCAUUCGACCCAUUUGCAGAGGCCAUAGAAUCGGAUGCCCCAGGAGCGAAGGAGUAUGUGCACAUUCGCAUACAGCAGAGGAAUGGGAAGAAGAGUUUGACAACAGUGCAGGGGCUGAAGAAGGAGUUCAGCUACGAGAAGAUCCUAAAGGAUCUCAAGAAAGAGUUCUGCUGCAACGGGAACGUGGUGCAGGACAAGGAGCUUGGCAAGAUCAUCCAGCUCCAAGGCGAUCAGCGCAAGAACGUCUCUCACUUUUUGCUCCAAGCUGGCCUUGUCAGGAAGGACCAGAUCAAGAUUCAUGGUUUUUGAUUUUCAUUUGUUUUCACUUUGUGUCUCUUUUUAAGUUUCAUCAGUGUUGGAAUAAGGCUAGUUUCAUUACAUGGGUCGUGUUGCUGAGCUUGAACUUGAACUUGAAUUUCAAUGUAUGACAGACAUGUUGCAUUUAAUAAAUCAUGAUUUGGUUUUUGGAAGAUCAA